CAUGGGAGCCAAAUUUUCGAGUUUUGAUUAUGUUGGAAAAUUACCAAAACCGACAUCGUCCCUUAUCCUCUCUUUCCAUUCCACUGCCAAAUGGAAGUCUCACUUUGAAGCUUCCAAAGAAACACACAAGCUGAUGGUGAUUGACUUCACGGCUUCAUGGUGUGGACCCUGCAAAUACAUGGACCCUAUUAUUGAAGACUUUGCUGCCAAAUAUAUAGAGGUUGAGUUUAUUAAGAUUGACGUCGAUGAGUUGAUGGGGGUGACUCAAGAAUUCCAGGUGCAAGCAAUGCCAACAUUCAUAUUGAUUAAGAAAGGAAAAGUUGUUGACAAAGUGGUAGGAGCAAGAAAGGAGGAUUUGCAGAAACUGAUUGAGAAACACAGGAAAUGAAUAUGUACUGUGAUUUCUCUAUUC